GCUUUCAAGCAAGGCAAUCUGUGGCUGGUGAGCAGCAGGGCAGUGCUGGGGGACCAGAGCCACGUGUCUGGGAGAAUGUCUAGGCUACUUGUUAUGGGGAAGACUCAGUGGUCAGGUUUGGGGCUGCUACUCUGGGCCAGUGUCCUGUUGCUGGCUAUGCCCAGAGGCGUCAGGCCUCAAGGCGAGUUUUGCCACAGCUGGAUUGACAGUGCCCAGCUAUGGCAUGCAGACUUCCAGUGCCCAGAGGAAUAUGAUAAGCCCACUGCCAUCUUCUGCUGUGGGACCUGUUCUCUGCGCUACUGCUGUGCCACCCUCGAGGCUCGGCUGGAUCAGGGACUGUGUCCAGAGGACGUGCCCUUGGACUCCAAUGAGGUUAUGCUUCCACCUCCAGAAGGGUCUGUCUACUUGCCCUUAGUUAUCGUGGGUAGCACCUUUGUCACUUUCAUCCUCUUGGGAGUCCUUGCUGGUGUUGCUUGCUUCCGGUGCCUUCGGCCUCAGAGAAGGGAUGAACUUGAAAACGCUGAACCUACUGUGUCAAGCUGUAAUCCCACUCCCAGAAGAAAUGCCUCACAAGGCCCACUGCUACACUCCAAACCUGAUGUUAGCCCAGUCCUGCCUUUCACCACCCAGGAAUACCCACGGAGCACCAUCCUUACCAUCCCUACACCAGUCACUAGGCCUCUGCGCUGCCCUCUGUUUGGGCCUCCCCAUAUACCGCCCCUAUAUCCCAGUACAACUAUUUUGCCCCUUCCUCACCCGUUGGCUGGCAAAAUUUCAUAUGGACCAUCCUCUGGUCCAUAUCCCUCAGGAACGCUAGUCUAGUACCUCUUGUUAUAUCCUGAAGCUCAUUGUUUAGGGUAGCACCAAGAAAAUGGGAAAACAAAGCUGAAACCCAGUCAUGAAACUUAAAGGUGAUUUUCUGUUUUCUAAAAAAAAAAAAAAAAAGAGUUGUUUUUUGGAUAUAUAAGUGUCUCUUCUGCCUGGUUUUUAAUAACAGUACACUGUGACUGCUGUCAUUGCUUUUUCAUAAAGAGGAGGAGGCUUCACUUAGAAACAGUAUGAUUUAGCCUAUCAGUUGGGGAAAUUAUGUCUUCAGUGGGAAUAUUUUCAUCAGUCCCAAGGUGGUCUUAAGGUUUCUGAAUACAUUAAAAAAUGUGUCCUAUGUUUAUAUGUUGACGGAAACUGAUAAGAAGGCAGUAUUUCACUUGUGCUGGUUAAUGUUUACUGCAGUGUUAGCCAUUUAAGCUCCCAUUCUGGAGGCUGGCUACCUGCAAGAUUAAUGAGGAAGUUAGGGGAUUCAGCUC